GAACCAGUGACUAAUCACGGUAUUUUGGUUGUCUUAGUGGCUGCCGGGGAAAGAUUUAUGGGCUCAGAAAAUCUUCCCGUAAUAAUCCCUGGGUGCUGAUUUGAUCUCCGGCUGAGGCUUCCCAGGACCGUGUGGAAAGAGGACGGAAAGGGGGCUGCUGUCCCAGGGGUGGUGACGUCUAACUGAUCAGAGUUCAAAAUACAAACAAGAGGAGAAAAGUCAGCGCUCUCUUCUCAUCUGUGUCUGCUCAGAGCCACGCGCUGGCAGCCAGAGAGGAUCCCUUUGGUCUGCCCGUGGAGCAAGAAGGGUCGGGGGCGACGGCUGAGCAGACACGAAGGGCCAUUUAUUGGGACCAUCACCUAGCUCCCUCAUCUGUCACCUGAUGGCCAGCCAGGCAAGUGCUCAGCACAGCUGUGGACCCUUCAUCCUUGCACAACUUGUGGAGGCGAGAAAACUGGAAGUCUGCUGGGCAUUCAAGCAAUGGCUGUUGAGUAAGGCAGCUGUUUCAAUAUCUAAUUGCAUUUUAGCUCUAAUAGCUCAAGGGAAAAGCAUUGCAUUGUCUGCCAUGAGCUACUUCCUGUCCUACUGCAAAGCACACUGCACUGCCGUGCUCGCCCAAUACCAGAGCCUGAGAUCAGAGGGCUUUCUCUGUGACAUUUUGCUGAAAGUGAAAGAAAACGAGUUUCCUGCACACAAGUCCUUGUUAGCAUGCUCCAGCGACUACUUCCGAGCCAUGUUCAAAAGUUAUACCCAAGAGUCUAAAGCCAGUGUCAUUCACCUACAAGUUGUCUCACCCACUGGGCUCCAGCACAUCCUGGAUUUCAUUUACACAUCCUUGCUGCCCCUUUCCUUUGAAAGCCUGGAGGAUACCUUGGAAGCUGCAAGCUACUUGCAAGUGACUGAUGCUAUCGGCUUGUGCAAUCAGUACUUAGUUAACAAUCUUGCCUUGGAAAACUGCUGCUACUCUGCCAAUGUGGCCAGGAAGUUCUACCUGCCAGAUGCCCUAGCAGCUGCAGAAAAAUACAUUAUCAAAAAUGUCUGGAAGCUGCUAGACUUGGAUUUGUCGGGACUCCUUGAGCUGAACUUCAGGUCUUUGCUAGCAGUGAUUCAGUCACCAGAUCUCCCCAUGGUGGAAGAAUGCCGCCUGUUGAAUCUUGUCCUGUUGUGGUUGAAGCAGGAUAAAUCCAGGCUGGAUCAUGCAAGCAGCCUUUUAGAGCACAUAAGAUAUGGUCUCAUCCCAGUGGAAGAGCUGAGAAAAACCUACACACAGUCAGAAGUGUCCCUCUCAGCAGGUAUUAAGUGCAUGAUCAUAAAAGCAAUAAAUUAUCACACAUCUGUAUUCAAACAGCCUGUCCUGCAGGAUAAGUCCACCACACUGAGGAACGAAAAAACUCGGAUCAUUCUGCUGGGGGGAGGCACAGCAAGCGAGGAGCUCGUCACCGACGUGGUGGCCUUCGAUGUUUACAAUCACAAAUGGCGAACCCUCACGCAGCUGCAGGACAGGCUGCAGAACCACAGCGUGUGUGUGGUGGGGAACUUCCUCUAUGUCCUGGGUGGGGAAAUACAAAGUGGUAUCCUGGGUGAUGCUAAAAUUGGAAAGACCUUAUUGGUUACAAACAAGGUCCAUCGGUAUGAUCCAAGAUUUAACGCAUGGACCCAAAUCACAGGCAUGCUGGAAAAGAGAUGCCAGUUUUCUUGCUGUGUCCUAGGCAAGGAUAUCUUUGCCAUUGGUGGAAGGGGUGAGGACGGGUUGCUGCAUUCAUCUGUGGAAGUCUAUGACAUCAGCAGGGAUAGAUGGACCAAGGCCAGGGAAUUGCCAUGCAGGAUACAUGGUCAUGCCAGUGCUGUUUGCAAGAACACCAUAUACAUCUCUGGGGGUAAGUACUCGGCCCCAGCCAGCACAAGCAAUGACGUUUAUUCUCUGAGCUCACUGGAAGGGCAGUGGGUGAAACGUGCCCCAAUGAGCAUUGCUCGGUUUGGGCAUCAGAUGGCAACAAUCAGGGGAUCCAUUUUUACCUUUCUGGGACUAUAUGAACCUUUCUCUGAAAUAGAAAGGUAUGACCCGGAUCAAAACCAAUGGACUCGGUUGAAACCACUGGUCUACGAUCGAUUCUCCUAUGGCCUGGCAGUGGUAGAGGAGACAGCUCUUCUUAUUGGGGGAAAGAAAUGGCAAAACUCGCUGGAGGUGUCCACACAAGACGUGGUUGGCUAUGACAUCGACAACGAUGGCUGGGAAGAGAUCUGCAAGGCCCCUCUGCCGUGGUGUGGGCUGCAGUGCGCCGUGCUCCAGCUCUCCGAGGUGCCCGAGGAGCAGGACAGCGACAGCCACCAGAAGAAGCUGCCCAACUGCUGAGCUCCCAUGCUGAGGAAUAUCCAUCCCAGGAGAUGAGCGAGCAGGACGGUCCUGGAGAAGAAGAAAAUUGCAGUGGCUCUGAAUGUGACAGUGGAACCUUUGCUUGGAUAAGCCAAACGCUUGGUGGAAACAGGCAAAAAAAUCUGGCUCCAACACAGGAAACACAUAGAGGAUUUAUAAAGCUCGAAGCUGAUCUCACUGAGCAAGGAUGUAGCAAGUAGCAUGCUUAGAGGUGAUGAGUGAGAAUUGUAAUCCUUGACUUUUGGAUAAUACCUAGAUAGCAAUUAGUAGGUGUUGCAAGUGGGAUUUUUCAAAUAUUAAAAAAUAUAAUCCGUC